AUGAAAAAAAUGAGAUUGAAUGAACACGGAAACACCUUCUCCCUAAUUGCCCUAACCGAGAACAUUGUGGCCGAAGACCUCCAGAACAGCCGCCAUCUUGAAACCACCAUCUACGUCACGAACGUCCACCAAUCGGCUGACUUCGUUUGGUCACGUGAUUCGGGGCUAAAAAUACACGUGGGCGUUAACAAGGUUGACCUUUGGCCUACUUUUUACGGUAACUUUCCGCCAAAUGAUGAUAAUGAUUUCGUCAUUGGGAACCCCGUGCACAAUGAAAAUGUCAAGAUGUUUAAUAAAACCGUAGCCGAGUUUUGCAUGUACCCGCUGGCUGAACAUUACCAGUUGUUUAUGGAAAUUUUAACGGACAAAGCUACUAGAUCAGAAGAAUUUUGGUGUCCCAUACGCUCAAAAAAUAAUAAUAAUAAAAACAACAAAAACAACAACGAUAAUAAUAAUAAUAAAUUUUACGCCAACCGUCACAAUGGUAUAGUAGCAAAUAUCAACAUCGACGACAUAAGCAGCUGCAGAAGCAACCACAACGACCACAACAACCACAACAACAACAUCUCGAAAAACACAUCGUACGGUAUGUUAAUGAGGCCUGUAUGA